UGCGCGCUGGUGCUACUCCGCGCAGACCGAGCGAGCUUAUCAUCAUCGAGAGAGAACAGGGGUGGUGGUGGGGGGGCGAGGUACCGGUUAAUGUGAUGGUACGUGCAUGGGGUAACGGUAACGCGAACGUUUACGAUGAAGUGUGAGAUUCAGUGCCGCGCGGCGGCGUCACCGUAGAAAGCCUCCCCAUCACCAUCGGAAAGGAGUAGAAGGAGGAGGUGUGCCGAGGCUGAACGUGGAGGAUGCACCAUCACUGACCCACUGAUCGUUACCGGGAGGAGGGGAACGCAUCCGUCCCUUACGGCGGACUAAUAUUAGCUUAAUUCGGGCGCCGCAUCCGAUGUGAAGCCGCGGGUAUGGACGGGUAGGCAGGGGGAGGAGGCGAGCAACGGUACAUAACGGAGGAGCGAGUCCGAGGACGAGGACGAGGAGGAGGAGGGAGAAGGAUGAAUUCGGUGGAUGGAGCAGGAGAAACGGGCCCGGACGGCCUGGCGACGGCAGGGUCCGGUAAAGCAGAGUCGGUCCGGGCGGGUGACGUGCUGACGGUGCUCAGAGAGAAAGUGGCCUUCGUGUCAGGAGGGCGAGACAAACGGGGAGGACCGAUCCUGACCUUCCCGGCCAGGACCAACCAUGAGCGGAUAAAGCAGGAAGAUCUGAGCCGGCUGGUGACGUACCUGUCAACCAUACCUAGCGAGGACGUGCGUGCACGGGGGUUCACAGUGGUAGUGGACAUGCGCGGUAGUAAGUGGGACAGCGUGAAGCCCGUGUUACGUACUUUGCAGGAAUCCUUUUCCUCCAACAUCCACACGGCGGUGCUCAUCAAACCCGAUACCUUUUGGCAGAAACACAAGACCAACCUGGGCAGCGCCAAGCUCAGCUUCGAGACCAGUCUAGUGUCUGUCGAAGGUCUGUCCCGGUUGGUCGACCCUUCUCAGUUGACCUCCGACCUCGGCGGCUCCUUGGAGUACGAUCACGUGGAGUGGACCGAGCUGCGUCUGGGUCUGGAGGAGUUCUCGGGGGCCGCCACGCAACUGUUGAACCAGUUGGAUCAGCUGGAAGUUGGCCUGACCAGCUUACCGGAACCGCAAGAUGUGGACGACUCCCGCAAAAUACUCGAAGAACACAAUCGUCUCCGAAACAGCAUCGCGACAGCGCCGGUCGACGCCCUGGACCGAGAGGGGAGGAGCUUGCUGCAGCGCAUGCGCCUAGGCCCCUCCCACGGGGACGCCUCCAACGAGAGCCACGGCAGCUGGUUGUCAGGCGGGGCCGACUUCCAAAGCGUGGCUCCCAAGGUCUCCUCUCUACUAGACCGUCUGCAGGUGGCUCGCGCUCACCUGCUGCAGAGCUGGAGCGACAGGAAGCUCCACCUGGACCAGGCGCUGCAGUUGCACCUUUUUGAGCAGGACGCCACCAAGAUGUCCGAGUGGAUCGCCCACAGUAAGGAGUUGUUCAUGCAGACUUUGGCGGAGGUCGGGCAGAACCACCAGCACGCCGUUGACUUACAAUCACAACAUCAGCACUUCACCUCGAAUGUGAUGAACGGGAGUGUAAAUGUGGACAGUGUCGUUACCGUGGCAGCCAGGCUUGCGGAGGCUGGUCACUUUGGGGCGGAGAGGAUUGCCACGGUGUCCUCGCAGCUACAAGAAGACUGGAAGUUACUGACCGCAGCUCUGGAAGAGCGUAGCAACACGUUAGCCAUGGCUACUGGCUUCCACCAAGGGGCCGAGCAGUUCCUUCACAAAGCGGAGGCGUGGCUUCAGACCUACGCCGAGGCAUCGCUGCCGAUGGCGACGGCUGAGCUGGAGGAAGCUGUAAAAAAACACCAGGAGCUGAAUGAGGAGGUGUCGGCCAACUACACCCAGGUCAGCGAGAGUGGUAAAGCCUUGCUGGAGGUGUUAAAGCGCAGCACGGUGACCGAGCACAACGACACGUCAACGAAACCGGACUUCACCGGCACCACGCAUGGCAUCAUGGCGGUUCUGCACCAGGUCAUGCAGGGUCACCGUGACCUGGAGAACGCGUGGCAACACCGCAAGCUCCGCCUCCACCAGCGCCUCCAGCUGUGCGUGUUUCAACAAGAUGUCAAACAGGUGUUGGACUGGGUGGAGCAGCAUGGCGAGGUUUUCCUCAACAAACACGGCGGCGUCGGCAAGUCUCUGCAUCGAGCGCGAGCGCUUCAGAAACGUCACGACGACUUCCAGCAAGUGGCUCAAAACACUUACACCAACGCGGAGAAGCUCCUGGAAGCCGCUGACCAACUGGCUCAAUCUGGCGAGUGUGAGGAGGAAGAGAUCUACCAGGCGGCCCGAGACUUGGAGCUCCGCAUGCAGGCGUUCAUUCAGAAAGUAGAACAAAGGAAGAUGCUGCUCGACUUGGCCGUGUCCUUCUACACGCACACCAAAGAGCUGUCGUCCUGGAUGGAAGGACUCCAGAAGCAGCUCUCGACGGACCUCUGCAGCGGUUCGGAAUCGGUCGAAGCUCUGCAGGCGCUUAUGAACCAGCAACAACAGCAGCAGGCCAACACGCAGGAGGCUGCAAUGAGUGUCAUCAGAGAAGGGGAAGACCUCAUCCUGCAACUCAGGCCCCAGGGCAGCUCUGUGGCCCAUGUGGAGUCUGUGCUGCAGCACCUGGAGGAGUUCCACCUUCAGCUGGAGGACGUUUUCCAUCAGCGGAAGAUCCGAUUGGAUGUUUACCUGCAAUUGCGUAUCUUACAACAGUGCAUACUGGAGGUAACCGGCGAGAUGGACGCCUGGAAGCAGGAGCUCCAGAAACAAUCCCAGGACCUUUCAGCCGAGAAGCGGCUAUCUGACGCAAGCCAAGACAAGCAAGCACUCGGGCCGUCGCGACUCGCUGAAGCCAGCCCGGAGGCGCUAACAUUAGCGCAGCAACGUAUUCACAGGCACAUGGAACGGAGGCUCGCGGUGAACAACAUGACCUACGAGGUGGUCCAACAAGGUCACGACCUUCAGCAGUACAUCACAGAGGUCAAGUCAACAGGAAUUGAGCUGUCAGAGGUGGAGGGCAAUCUCUCAUCUCAGGUUGAGGAGCUGCAACGCCUGAUGCUGGACAAACAGAAGGAACUGCAGCAGAUUGCGGAUCACACUCAUACGCACCUGGAACAGAACCUGCAGCUUAGACACCUACAGAAUCAGGUCAAACAGGUGCUGGGUUGGAUCACGGAGGGUGAGGUCAUGCUGUCCUCCUGCAUGCUGAACUCCAGUUGUUUGUCAGAAGCCGAACAGCUGCAGAGGGAACACGAGCGCCUCCAACAGGCCAUAGAGGCUCUCCUGCAUGCUGACUCCCUGCAGAGGACCCACCAGGUGGCUCUGGCCCUGCAGCAGAGAGCGGAACUGCUCGUCAGGUCAGGCCAUUACGAUCCGGAUGCAGUGAGGUCCUGCGCACAGACGGUGGCGCUCCACUGGCAGACUCUGAUGCUGCGGAUCGAGGACCGACUCAAACUGGUCAACGCUUCCGCCGCUUUCUACAGAACAUCGCAACAGGUAUGCGGUGUGCUGGAGAGUCUGGAGCAGGAGUACCGCAGGGAAGAGGACUGGUGCGGGGGCGGAGACAGACAGCCCGAGCAUCUCCUGCCUCUCAUUAACAAACACAUGGAGCAGAAGGAAGCCUUUCUCAAGGCCUGCACACUGGCAAGACGCAACGCAGAAGUUUUCCUCAAGUACAUCCACCGCAAUAGCGUCACCAUGGCAAACAUCUCCGGCCACAACGUCACCGUGUCGGGGGUCACCGAGGUCACCGGGCACUCACGGGUACCGGAGCAACAGGUCAAAGGUAUCCUCAGUGAGUUGCUUCAGAGAGAAAAUAGAGUGCUUCAUUUUUGGACAUUAAAGAAGCGCCGACUGGACCAGUGCCAGCAGUACGUCAUGUUUCAGAACCACACGCAGCAGGCUCUGGAUUGGUUGGCACAGUCAGGAGACCACUACCUGGCCACACACACGUCACCGGGAGCAACAGCGACGGAGACGCAGGAGUUGCUCAACCAGCACCGGCAGUUUUGUGUUUCGGCCAAGCACACCCAGGAAAAGGUUCACUUGCUCAUCCAAUUGGCCGAGAGCAUGCUGACUAAAGGCCACGCCCACCGCCUGGAGCUUCGCCGCUGUGUUUCCGCCGUGGAUAAACGGUACCGGGACUUCACCGUCAGGAUGGGCCAGUAUCGCCACGUGCUGGAGACGGCACUGGGAGGUUGCUCACAGGACAACAAGGACUUGGAGCUCGAGCUGAUUCCCAACAGUCUGUCUGACUCGGACCCGGAAGUCAAUCUGUCAGACCCCGGCCACCAGGUCAGCGAUGAGAAGAGACGCUCAGCCCGCAAGAAAGAGUACAUCAUGGCGGAGUUGCUGCAAACGGAGAGGGUCUACGUCAGGGACCUUCAAGAAUGCAUCGAGACGUACCUGUGGGAGAUGACGAGCGGCUCCGAGGACGUCCCGUCCGGGCUCAGCAACAGGGAUGACGUGGUCUUCGGGAACAUCCAGGAUAUCUACGAGUUCCAUAACAGUAUUUUCUUGAAGGAACUGGAGAACUAUGAGCAACUUCCUGAAGAUGUGGGACAUUGUUUUGUCACUUGGGCCGACAAGUUCCACAUGUACGUGACCUAUUGCAGGAACAAGCCAGACUCCAGCUUGUUGAUCCAGCAGCAUGGUGCCGGCUUCUUUGAGGAGGUCCAGAGGAGACACGGGCUGGCCAACUCCAUCUCGUCGGCGCUCAUUAAACCCGUUCAGAGGAUCACAAAGUAUCAACUGUUGCUGAAGGAGUUGUUGGCCUGCUGCGAAGAAGGAAAAGGCGAGAUCAAAGAAGGCCUGGACGUCAUGCUGAGUGUUCCCAAGAGAGCUAACGAUGCUAUGCACGUUAGCAUGUUAGAGGGUCUCGAAGAAGGUCUGGAGGUACAAGGCGAGCUCCUGCUGCAAGACUCCUUUCUGGUUUGGGAACCAAAAUCCCUCAUCAGGAAGGGGCGUGACCGACACCUCUUCCUGUUUGAGCUGUCACUCAUCUUCAGCAAGGAAAUGAAAGAUUCAUCGGGACGAACCAAAUACCUUUACAAGAGCCGCUUGAGGACUUCGGAACUUGGCGUGACGGAGCACAUCGAAGGGGAUCCUUGUAAAUUUGCGCUUUGGGUCGGCAGGACGCCCACUUCGGACAACAAGACGGUUCUGAAGGUAAAUGUUCAGGGCGUGGCUUCUGGGCGGCGGGAAUUCGUCCUUCAACCCGUCGCGCUCUCCUACCAGGCAUCGUCCUUGGAGCUGAAGCAGGAGUGGGUCCGCAGCAUUCGCCAGGUGAUCCAGGAGAGACGGGGUCACCUGCGGGGGGCGCUGAGGGAGCCCAUCCCACUUCCCAAAACUCCAAAUUUGACUCUCGGGCGACAACGCAGCAUCACGCGCAGGGAGACCAGCGAGGAUGCCGACAGCUUGGGCGACGCCAGCAGCCAGCCCGACACGGUCUCCAUCGCCUCCCGGACAUCCCAGAACACCGCCGACAGCGACAAGCUGUCGGGAGGCUGCGAGCAAGUGGUGGUGUUGUUGGAUUUCUCCUCUGGUUUACCCGGAGAGCUCAGCGUCCGCUGCGGUCAGACUGUGGAGCUCGUGGAACGCUCAGCGGACCGACCUGGCUGGUGUCUUGUCAGAACCACCGAUCAAACUCCGCAACAGGAGGGCUUGUUGCCGAUGAGCGCCCUCUGCCUCUCGCACUCCCACAGUGCUGCCGACAUGGAAACGCUGGUGCCGGCGUCCCCCGCCUCCUCGGGCAAUGCCCCCUCCUGCAUCACCACCACCACCACCCCCUUCAGUGCCUCCAAUUCAUCGUCGCUGCCGAGCUCCGGGAAGGAUUCUGCACCAUUAACCCCCGAGACAGCCGCGCUGCACCCUCAACCCACUCAAAGUGGGACGUCCGCUGUGAUCUCCAAUGCCAGCGGGGCUGCAGGGGCCAUUGCCAAUUCACCAGCACCAAAACGUAGCGGCACCGGGACAGGAAACACCUUAAAGCGCUGGUUGACCAGUCCCGUUAGGAGGUUGAGUCAAGGAAAAGCAGAUGGACAGAAGAAAGCUCCGAUUCGAAAUAGGAGGCGGGACAACAAACUGGAAGUGACCAUGCCCCUCACAGGGAACUCGACAAUGAAGGCAAAGAAGGAGGAGGCGGGACAAAGUGGAGGAGAGGAGGAGCCAGAGGAAGAAAGUACCACCCCUUUACCACCUCCCAUGCAGAUAAUCAAAGAUCCCAACAACGCCGCGGUGCUCGACUCGGACCAAAGUUCCAACGAGUCGGACAGUGAGCAGCAAAACAAAGCUAUGAGAGGCCGCAUGUUUGUCGUGAACGAGAUGGUCCAGUCGGAGAAGGACUACGUGAAGGACUUGGGUGUCAUUGUUGAGGGCUUUAUGUCAAGGCUGGAUGUCAGAGGGAUCCCAGAGGACAUGAGGGGAAAAGACAAGAUUGUUUUUGGCAACAUCCAGCAGAUUUACGACUGGCAUCGCGAUUUCUUCCUAGUCGAGCUGGAGCGCUGCAUUCAAAAUCACGACCUUCUGGCUGACCUCUUCAUCAGACACGAGCGUCGCCUUCACAUGUAUGUGGUUUACUGUCAGAACAAGCCGCGGUCAGAGUACAUCGUCAUCGAGUACGAGACCUUCUUUGAGGAAAUCCAGCAUGAGAUCAGCUGCAGGAUGUCGAUCAGCGAUUACCUCAUCAAACCCAUCCAGAGGAUCACCAAGUAUCAGCUCCUCCUCAAGGAUUUCCUGAAGUACACGGCCAAAGCCGGGCUGGACUGCGAGGAGAUCGAGAAAGCACUGGAGCUGAUGUCGCUGGUCCCGAAGCGCUGCAAUGACAUGAUGAACCUCGGACGACUGCAGGGAUAUGAGGGGAAGUUGACCUCUCAGGGUAAGCUGCUGCAACAGGAGACCUUCUGCGUCUGCGAGCAGGACGGCGGAGUUCUGUCCCGCAGCAAAGAGCGCCGGGUUUUCCUGUUCGAGCAGAUCAUCAUCUUCAGCGAACUCCUGCGCAAAGGAUCCAACAAUCCGGGAUACCAGUUCAAGAACAGCAUCAAGGUGACUUACCUGGCCAUGCAGGACAGCGUGGAGGGAGACCCCUGUAAGUUUAUGCUGUGGUCUCGCGGCUCAGCGGAGCGCUUCACGCUCCAGGCGUCCUCCACCGACAUCAAGAGCACCUGGGUGGAGAACAUCGCCGCCCUGCUGGAAGCACAGAACAACUUCUUGUCCGCUCUCCAGUCUCCCAUUGAGUACCAGAAAAAGGAAGGCGGCAUAUCGGUGACCCGUCCCCUGUCGUCGGGGCGAUCGCCUUCGGCCCCGCCCACACCUAAUGGCCACGCCCCUCAGCCGUUGCCAGACAGCGACCAGGACGUCCAGGAGUUGGUGCUGGUGCUCCAGGACUUUGUGGCCGUACGCGAAGACGAGAUCUGCGUCUUCCGGGGCGAGAAGGUUCAAAUUCUGGCCUCCAACCAACAGGGGCAGAGUCUCGUGUACCGACCGGCCAACAGCGACUCGCCGGCGGCCGAGGGCUGGGUGGCACGCAGCGCGCUCGACACGCAAUGACCCCCCCCCCUCCCCAACCCCCACCCUUGCACAAACACGCACACGGACUUCCUGUAGCAGGUAACGUUAGGCCCGCCCUCCUUCUUGUGGUUUCAGUGUCAAAACACACCUCCAGACAUCAUCCAUUCAGGACCGCCAUCCGAUUGGUCCACGAGCCAAUCGCAGGUGACAUCACAAACUUUUGGAUCCGGGGAACCUGCCGUUGCCAAGCAACAAAAGAGACAGUUUAAAAAAAAAAAAAAGAAAAAACGGAGUUCCUUUGGAUGUGUCUGCGUGACUCCGCCCCUUUCAUGAUGAGGACGCACAUAUAUGUACUGCAUACAUGCCACUGAUUGGUUGAAGAUGAUCAAUAUGAAGAAUAAUAGAAUCUGUUUUUUCACCUGAAUAGAGAAACCCUUUGUCAUAUUCGUGUGCACGUGAGAGAGCGAGAGAGAAAACGAGUAUGUGUGUGAGUGUGUCUUAGUGGCGCCUUCCCGUGUAGGUUUUUAAACGCAGCGAGCGUGCGGUGGUGCGCCACUGUAGCAGGGCCGUGACAACCAUGUUGCUGCCGGCCGUUUGUUUUGUUUGCGCAACUCCGAAAAGACCUUUUGCCCAUGACGCCACACACACGCGUGUCCUUCCGGCUGGCAAGAGCAAACUCGGACCAAUAAACUCUCACCAAUUUGUCCUGUAAGACUCGGGGGCUGAACAACUUUCCCGGCAUGGUGGUAACAUCCAUUUAAGGCAUAUAUGCCCCGUUCAAUAAAUUAAAAAAAAUAAAAUAAAUUACAUUCUACCCCCGACCCCUUUUUUUUUUAAAUUCUUUUUUUUUAGCAUCCGUACAGCUAUUUAUGACAUCCAGUCUUGGAUUUUAUUUUAUUUUUUCGUACAUUUUCGUACAUAUAUGCUCCACUCAAUAAAUUAAAAAAAAAAUGUAUAUAUAUACUUUUACCACCACUUUUUUUAACAUCUUUAUAACAUCCACUCGUGUAUUUUUGUUUCUCAUUUUUUUCCAUUUCCCUUAAAAAAAAAAAUAUCUGGCAGCACAAGUGUUUGUCAUUGUUUUCAGUUCAGGUCAGCAGUGGUCAUUUUGUGUUCUGCCCCCCCCACCCCCACACACGGAAGCAACGUGGCGCCUUCUUGUUUACACACUUCCCGAAAAGGUCUCUCGCUGGCUGAUGAUGCAGUUUUCGUUUGCGUCCCUCAACAUGAUGCCGUCUGUCCCGCCGUGUCCAACUUUUUUUUUUUUUUGCCCAUCCCGCUUCCUUGACCGUCAUCUGGUCUCCCCGUCUGACUUCCUCUUUCCUUGCCCCGACCUCCCUGUGCCCGACUUCUUCUCUCCGUGUCCCACCUUCCUCUUUCCAGUCAAGCUCUCGACUCGUCUUUUUUUUUCGGUGCCAUUCUCAGACAACACCCUGGUCCUUAAGGAACUUGCGUUCUGUCGGAUUUUAAGAUCCAAUGUAGUGUGCUAUUAGCAAGGCGUUGGGUUGCAGUGGGGGAAAAGGAUGUGAAUAGGAAAAAGUGGAAACUUUCCUUGGGUAUUCGAUGGGAAUUGGCAGUGGGUAAACGAAUGGGAAUGUCAUGUUAGCUUCUAGCGCAAAUAUUCCAUGCAAAAUGAUACAAUUCAACGACAUGACGUCAAUCGACUCCGAAUAUUGAAUUUUUCAAGGUUUCAUGGACUGUUUUGUUUUUCCACCAAAAACGUGAAUGUGGAGUUGAAUAGUACUCAUCCUCCAACCUAACUUAUUUAAAAAAAAAUGUUCAAGCUAUAAUGAGCCAACUUCCAAUUUUGUAAAUUGCUGCUAUAUUCUUAUUCAUUCCCAAAGACAGUUUCCAGCUUUGAAAAUUCUCCGACUUUUGCUCCCGAUUUGUUUCUACUAAAACAGGUGUGGGCAAAACGUGGCCACAAAAAGGUCUGGCGUGAUCAAGAGUUUUUGCAUUCAUUUUGCAAAUUUUCCACAAAAUGAUUUCAUCAAAAUGUUCAUGCAGUACUCGUAUUUACGUGAACUGUAGGUAAUUAAUUUUCAGUUUUGUUGUAUGAUCAAUUUUCAACGGGUCGGAAAGGGUGGAUUUUAUUUAUCCCACUCCUCCCCCCCCCCCCCAUCACGUCAUUUUAUUUUGUUGUGUGAAAUAUUGUGAUUCACUUUAUAUUUUUUAAUUGCAAACUUGACCUUCCAGUGAUUUAUUGUGAAUAAACACAUUAGAAAUUGUAACAUAAUUUCAAUUAUAUAUGAAAUGGUCAAUUAAUUAAAUCAAAAAUCACCCAAGAAAUUAUAUUGAUUAUUAUAUUAGAAUUAUUUCUGAUGCUGAUUAACAUUUUCCACUUAGACAUUUUCAUUUCUAUUUUUUUUUCCCCCACUUCAUCAAACAAUAACCCAUCAAUUCCUUUUAAAAAAAAAAAGUGGCCCCGUCGUCAAAAGUUUGCCCGCCCUUGUUCAAAGGUGCAAAAGACGCAGCGCGGCACUGGAAAUGCUUCACAAAGGAAAUUUAAAGUGACGACAAAGGCUUUGAGGGAGCGCGUAGUUUGCUACAUUUGAUGGUUUGAAGAUAAAAUGGAGUCCACCGCGAAGGAUUCAACUGGAUUGUAGCGUACGAUCCAGUUUUUAGGCCGACGCCGGCGCAGUAACAAAGGUGACGAAAAGCACACUGAGGCGGCUCAGGAAGGGAAUGCGAGCGUCGCGGCUGUUAGAACGUCAGCCCCAUUUGACGAGCAGUAGACCGAACCAACCGGACGGUGUUAUUUCUACCAAUCUAACAGCUUGGUGACCACAAACAGCUCUGUGUCAAAUGUUUGUAAUAAACGUCAUUUUUCAUCCAA